UGUAAUGAGAUAUUUAUCCUUUUUAUAUUGCUAAUGUGUAUAGUAAUUAUUUGUUUGUAUCUUGAUCGCUGUGUUUUUAUUAUUUUUAUUAUUAUUCGGGCAACUUGCACACUCUUUACGCAGUAGUGACUCUUUGGAACAUUCUCGCUUCACUUGCGCGGCACGUUUUGAGAGCUGACUUUUUGUUUACAACUUCAUGGCUAACUUUAGUUCUUCUGUUUUAUCAUUGAAAUCCGAGUAAAAGAGAAACAAUGGGAAAAUAAUUUCGCCCCAUAUUUUAGAUACAAUUACUUUUAUAGUUGGCAUUGAAACUUCUGGACGCCAUCGUGGCUAAUUCCUGUAGCGUUUCCAAGAAGAUGACCGACACUUGCACUGAACCCGCUGGAGCUAUCAGGGCCAUUGACAAGCACUCGGUGCAUCAAAUCUGCUCAGGGCAGGUGGUGCUUACCUUGGCAACUGCAGUAAAAGAACUGGUGGAAAACAGCAUUGAUGCUGGGGCCACCAACAUUGAUGUCAAGCUUAAGGAGCAUGGAAUAGAACUAGUGGAGGUAUCCGAUAACGGAAAAGGUGUCGAGGAGGCCAACUUCGAAGGGUUGACAUUAAAACAUCAUACUUCAAAGCUGAGGGAUUUUGCCGAUCUCACUCAUGUGGAGACCUUUGGCUUCAGAGGUGAAGCACUCAGCUCUUUGUGCGCUUUGAGUGACCUUAUUGUGGUGACAUGCCACCAGUCCAGCUCAGUGGGGACCAAGCUGGUCUUUGACCACAAAGGCCAUUUGGUUGAGCGGCAACCUCACCCACGGCAACAAGGCACCACGGUCAGCCUGCAGCAGCUAUUCCUAACGCUGCCUGUCAGACAUAAGGAGUUCCAGCGUAAUAUUAAAAAGGAGUUCACCAAAAUGGUGCAUGUUUUACAGUCCUACUGCAUCAUCGCCACAGGAGUGCGCAUUACCUGCUCCAACCAAAAUGGACAAGGGAAGCGUAACACUAUUGUUAGCACAAGUGGCAGCCAGAAUAUGCGAGACAACAUAGCAGCUGUAUUUGGACCCAAACAGCUACAGAGCCUUUUACUCUUUCAGCAUGUGGCUCCUGAUGAGAAGAUUUUGGAAGAAUAUGGACUUGUGAAUGCGAAACUCCCGGAGAAACUCUUUAGCAUUUCAGGGUUCGUGUCACAAGCAGACCAUGGUGUGGGAAGAAGUGCCACUGAUAGACAAUUCUUUUUUAUAAAUAAGCGACCGUGUGAUCCCCAAAAGGUGUUUAAACUUGUAAAUGAGGUCUAUCACAUGUACAAUAGACAUCAGUAUCCGUUUGUUGCCUUGAACAUAGAAGUCGCCUCAGAGUGCGUGGACGUAAACGUUACCCCAGACAAGCGUCAGAUUUUGCUUCAGGAAGAGAAGCUCUUACUGGCGAUUCUAAAGUCUUGUCUCAUCAGCAUGUUUGAAGCUGGCGUCAAUAAAAUCAGUCUAAACAAUAGUCUCAUCCCCAGCAACACUACUGCAUCCAAACAAUCUGAGGAGAACACUCUAGAAUCGGGGGAUUAUGCAGAACCACUGCGGGAGAAGACAAAGUCAUCCUUGAAUCUGGCUGGUCUAAAAGCUGCUUUUUCAAAUCACAGCAACUUCAAUUCGGGUGUCAAAUCCAACACGUCAAAACCCACCAGUAACAACUCUGCACAGAAAACCCUCAAGUCUUUCUUCGCAAACACUGGAAAAACCGCUGCCCGCCAUCCAGGUGCAAAAUCUCACCACGCGGGCGGCUCAGUAGGUACGUCAACGCUAGAUGGGUUCAGGUUUGGCUCCAAAGACAUUCAUCUGUCCAGCUGUGACAUCGGUUCUUCACCGAACAUUCAGAAUUCUGGCCCAUACUCAACUACUUUUGAUACUGAAGAACCCAGAACAAACACGGAAGACUUGACACAAACAAAAGCAAAAUUCACGGAAAAAUUCCAGAAGUCAGACUUGCAAAAUCAACCAACCGCCUACAGUGAGUGUGGUUCUGUGAGUCCAGAUCUGAAAAGAGCCAGGAAGGAAAAUCUUGCCUGUGCAGUAGAUGCUCCAGUUAAUGUACAAAAGAGGACGGUGCCGCUCAACUUCUCAUUAAAAGAAUUGACCGGGAAGAUCAGGAGGUUACAAAACCAAAAGGAGAAGCAAAAAGCCAGCGAGGAGCUUCAGUACCGACGUUUUAGGGCCAAAAUCAACCCUGGAGAAAACCAGUGUGCAGAAGAGGAGCUCAAGAAAGAGAUCAGCAAAGACAUGUUCAAAGAGAUGGAGAUUUUGGGCCAGUUUAAUUUGGGCUUCAUUAUCACCAAACUCAACUCGGACCUUUUCAUGAUCGACCAACAUGCCACAGAUGAGAAAUAUAACUUCGAAAUGCUGCAGCAGCACACAGUGCUCCAAGGACAAAAACUUAUUGUCCCUCAGAAACUUCACCUCACAGCAGUUAAUGAGAACAUACUUAUGGAAAACAUCAAUAUCUUCCGAAAAAAUGGCUUUGAAUUUCAGGUGGAUGAGGAAGCUCAGGUGAUGGAUAGAGUCAAACUGGUAUCUUUGCCUACAAGUAAGAACUGGACAUUUGGUCCAGCAGACAUUGAGGAACUGAUCUUCAUGCUGACUGACAGCCCAGGGAUCAUGUGUCGGCCUUCGCGUGUCAGGCAAAUGUUCGCCUCUAGAGCUUGUCGGAAAUCUGUGAUGAUUGGAACCGCUUUGAGUAGAAGCGAGAUGAAGAAGCUCGUGGUUCACAUGGGUGAGAUUGAGCAGCCGUGGAACUGUCCUCACGGGAGGCCCACUAUGCGACACCUGAUUAACCUGGAUAUGGUUUCACGAGGCUGAUCAAGAGCUAAAGCAAACAAAACACAUGACCAUCCUAUGAAUGCUGUAUAUAGUCCUGUGAAAUCCUACAUUGUGAGUGUUGUCUAUUUUUUUUACAUUUUGCAAGUGUUGUACAUCAAAUUGCACUAUAGUUUCUAAUGCAGAUGAUGUCAAAUAAACUGUAAUCGAAACGUUUUAUUUUUCCGUCAUUUUAUUACAUUGUGAUUCUCUUACCGGGGAUAUGGUCAUGUUGUGAUGGUUUUAUUGAUUCAAUAUUGAUUAAAGAUGCACCAAAUCAUAGGAAUGAGAUUGAUUAAAAUGAAAAUGCUUUGGACUUUUUUUUUAAUGACGCAAAUUCAAAUGAUGAAUGGUCAAAUUGAAUCAAAUGUCAGGGAUAAGUCAUAAGUCAAUCUACCGGUAAUAUAAUUACAAUAGUAAAAAGGCUGAUGCUUCUUCUGUUGCCACACUUCUACUCGUUCAAUUAGGAGUGUGACAAUAUAUCUGUACGGUGAUAAAUCACGAUACUUUGUAUCCCAAUAGGUUAUCAAUAUGGUCCAGCCAAUUUAUCGUUUUAAAAAUGUUAAGUUUUGCAAUGCAUACUAUAUGCGGUCAAUGUUCAUUGAAAUGUAAGUUUCUUCAAUUCCGUCU